UCAGCCCAGAUUGAGGUUAUACCAUGUAAAGUAUGUGGUGAUAAAUCAUCUGGGGUUCAUUAUGGUGUCAUAACAUGUGAAGGAUGUAAGGGUUUUUUCCGCCGAAGUCAGUCAGGCCCGGUUAAUUAUCAGUGUCCCAGGAAUAAAGCCUGUGUUAUAGAUAGAGUAAACAGAAAUAGAUGCCAGUAUUGUAGAUUACAGAAAUGUCUAGCUUUAGGAAUGUCACGAGAUGCGGUGAAGUUUGGAAGAAUGUCAAAGAAACAAAGAGAAAAAGUAGAAGAUGAAGCAAAUCUAGUGAAACAAAGUCUGAGGCUCCUGUAUCAUUUUAAGAUACUGAUCUCUACUUUUAGGUUAACAACACCAAACUAUGGGUAUACAACCAAUGGGUAUUCAUAUACUCUAUCUGGAAACCAGGCAGAGUACCCUGUAUCACCAGACACUAGUAAUAACUUUCAUCCUAGUUCACCUGGUGAUCAUUUGGUAGAUAGAGUUACCUAUUGCUCUCCUAACAUGGUCCAAAAUUUAAUAUCUUUUGUUGUAGUUGCAUUUGCUAAAGCUAUCACAGAGGCUCAUGGAAGGACAUCGUUAUAUAGUUCUGAACAGAUAGAAACAUUAAAACAACAAACAGUCAGUCAAGAACAGAUAGAUUCAUAUAAAGUAAUGGAUCAUUUUCAAUUAUGGAUGGAAAUAGCUGAUAAAAUAACACUUGCAGUCCAACAAAUAAUAGAAUUUGCUAAAAUGAUUCCUGGUUUUAUGGAUUUGUCCCAAGAUGACCAGAUAAUGUUAUUAAAAGCAGGUAGUUUUGAAUUAGCGUUAUUACAGCUAUGUAGGGCGUAUGAUGUGGCUAGCAAUAGUGUUAUAUUUGGUAAUUCUUAUAUACCUCUUGAUGCUUUCCAUGCUUUAGAUGCUGAGGAAAAGAUGGUGAUGGAAAAAAUCUUUGAAUUUGUUAAAACUGUACAGAUAUUUAAAUUAACAGAAAUUGAAAUGGCUUUAUUUAGUGCUCUCAUCCUAAUCAGUUCAGAUCGUCCAGGUUUAAAAGAUACAGGAGAUAUACAAAAAUUACAUGAAAAAAUCCAAGCUGCAUUAAAAUUAGAAGUUGGUAAUAAUCAUAGUGAUGAUUCAGAAACACUGGCUAAAUUAAUAGUUCAAAUACCUAUAGUGAGAAAUUUAAGUUUGUUACAUGUGCGUGUUUUACAAAAAUUCAGGGAAUCCCAACCAGAUGCAGAGUUUCCUGCAUUACAUAAAGAACUGUUUUCAGCAGACGCAACAGAAACAUCCUGA